AUGUCAUCCAAGGUCUCACCACGGAUCCAAGAAGUCCGAGAUCUGGUGAAGUCGGAUCCCUCGAAAGCAGCGACCAGUUACCAGAACAUCCUCUCCGAGGGCCCCGGAUCUACAGAGGCCUCUUCACGAGACUAUGAACAGGCCUUGAUUGGGUUGGGCGAGUUGCAUCGGGAUGCGAAGAAGCCACAGGAGAUUGCGGACCUCAUCAAGACCAGCCGUGAUACCUUCUCGUCAUUUGCCAAAGCGAAGACAGCCAAGCUGGUCCGUCAACUUCUGGACUUGAUUAGCGAAAUCCCCAACACACUAGAACUCCAAGGCAGCGUCAUCCAAUCAUGCAUAGAAUGGGCGAUUGCCGAGCGACGAUCAUUCCUUCGCCAGGCCCUCCAAGCUCGACUCGUUGCCAUCUAUAUGCAGAAGCAAUCUUAUUACGAUGCGCUCGGUCUUAUCAACUCUCUUCUCCGUGAGCUGAAGCGCCUGGAUGAUAAGCUUAUGCUGGUGGAGGUACAGCUGCUUGAGUCGCGUGUCUACCACGCUCUGGGCAACCAGGCCAAGGCACGCGCUGCUCUGACUGCAGCACGGACAUCAGCCGCCUCCGUUUACACACCACCACACCUGCAGGCCGGUCUGGAUAUGCAGAGCGGUAUGCUACACGCGGAAGACAAGGACUUCACCACCUCAUACUCCUAUUUCAUUGAAGCACUUGAGGGGUACAGCUCGCUCGAUGAGAGUGAUCUGGCUACGGCGACCUUGCAGUACAUGCUUCUGUGCAAGAUCAUGCUCAACCUGGUGGAUGAUGUCACACAGCUGCAGGGCUCGAAACAAGCGCAAAAGUAUGCCAGUCCACGUCUGGAGGCAAUGAAGGCUGUGGCACGGGCCCACGCCAACCGGUCUCUAGAGGAGUACGAGAAGGCCCUUUCGGACUAUAGAUACGAACUUGGUAGUGAUGUAUUCAUCCGAAACCACCUCCGUCGCCUUUACGAUGCCAUGCUGGAACAGAACUUGAUCAAGGUCAUUGAGCCCUUCAGCCGGGUUGAGCUAGACCACAUUGCAAAGAUGGUGGGCUUGGACACACAGCAGGUUGAAAGGAAGUUGUCUCAAAUGAUCUUGGACAAGGUGAUCAUCGGUGUAUUGGAUCAGGGCUCGGGAUGUCUGAUUGUGUACGACGAGACAGAACGGGACCAGGCUUAUGACGCCGCACUGGAAACAAUCGAGAAGCUCGGCAAUGUGGUGGAAGGUGGCGCAAUGCCUGUUACAAUGCCACAGCACGCUGUUCCCCAGCAGUACAUGGCCGCACGCCCCAUGCCUCAUCCCAAUGAUGCUGCCCUUCGGCGCAGCCGCAAGCCGACUGACAGGAACCUCCCAGAAGGCAUUGAAGACGUGAUCAUCGGCGAGGGUGUUCAGCAAUAUAAGAGCCUUCGCGACUUAGAAAAGAGAUUGGAUGCUGCAGUUGUGCGGAAAAGACUGGAUAUCCAAGACUCCAUCAACAAGACUGUUAAGAAGUAUCGGACUAUGCGCAUCUGGAUCUCUAAUACUGUCGAAAACCAGCCAUGGCAAGGUCCGGGGAACAACCCAGGCUCCGGUCGCUACAAAGUACGCAUUGAAGGACGGCUGCUUGACGAUGAAACCGACCCCACUGUUCCCGACGAGGACGAGAAAGACCAGGAUGCAAUGGACCAUGAUGGAACUGAGGAGGAUAAGGCGAAGAAGGCUGAAUCGAAGAGCCAGACCCAACGCUUCUCCCAUUUCUUCAAGGCGAUCACCAUCGACUUUGACAAGCCCGCCUCGGCAAUUCCCGAGGAGGUUAAGCCAGUUAACUGGUCUAAACCAACCGCACACUCCAACACACCCGCACCCCCGAGCGCCGAAUUUGAUAGUCUACAGUUCUCUCGAGCCUCACAGGACAAUCUGAAUGUCACUAUCAGCCUUGUCCGGGAUGAAAUCCCAGAGCGAUACAAGUUGAGCAAGGAGCUGGCCGAGGUUCUGGAUGUCGAAGAGGAGACCCGGAGUGGAAUUGUUCUCGGAAUCUGGGAUUAUAUCCGAGCUAUGGAAUUGCAAGAAGACGAGGAGAAGCGACAAGUGCGCUGUGAUCACCGUCUACGCUCGAUCUUUGGCCGGGAGCAAAUGUUCUUCCCCCAGAUCCCUGAGAGCGUCGGUCCCCACACCAGCCCAAUGGAGCCAAUCAAGCUCCCCUACACCAUUCGUGUCGACGAAGAGUUCCAUGCCGACCCAACGCCGACCAUCUAUGACAUCCAGGUCGCAGUUGAAGACCCGCUGCGCACCAAGAUGAUGGCGCUCACUCAGAACCCGGCGUACACAGCUGGCUUACGCCAGAUCUCCUCGCUUGAUGACCAAGUUUCUUUGAUUGUGCAGGCGCUUACACACUCCCGUGCCCGUCACUCGUUCUACACUGCCCUGAGCAAGGACCCAGCCAAUUUCGUUCGCCGCUGGAUCAGCUCUCAGCGCCGCGACCUAGAGACUAUCAUGGGCGAAGCUACCCGUGGAGGCGGCGAGGAUGGUAGCGGACCUGAGUUCCGUUAUGGCGGCGUUGAUGGCCCCUGGGACUCGGAGGUUGCCAAGGAAGCUGUUCGGUACAUGCUGGCUAAACCCGAAGCUGCGGCUGCUCGGUAG